AAACACAUUCCCUCGGAAAAAUAAAUAAAUUCAUGGACAUUAAAUACCCAGCUCCUGUUCUGAUCACGAAGCCAGCUGCUCCUGGGGAAGGAGAAACGCAAGCACAAUUAUAGCUAACCUUCCAUAUUUACUAGUAAGCAGACGGUAGGAAAAAAAAAUUAAGGAAACUUGGCACUUGGAACCAGCUUAUCGCGAAAUUUCCUUCGGCGCGGAGAAUAAGAAAAAAAAAGGCGUGAAAUUGACAUAACCCUGGUGGAAACUGAAGAACAGAAUGAUUUUUGCGGGAUUGCGGGCUAAAGAGCUUUUUCUAGUUGUGGUGUUAUCCGGAUUCAUCUUCGACACGCUUCAAGCAGAGCAAAAUGAAGAUACACCCGAGGAAGAUGAGCCCCAGGUCAGGUCAUGGAAGGACACGUCAUCACUUUCCAAAUCUCGCACAAGAUAUUCCUUGAGGAAUCACCGAAAAAAUUCGUCGCCACGAGAUCGCACAACAUAUUCUCGCAAUAACCCCUGGCGAAACCCGAUUGAACGCACGAGGGAUUCAAUAGCCUUCAGAGCCCGAGGCAGAGAGAACCCUUACGCCAAAAGACGUCCGGAUCAAAGAGCAUCGUCUCUGGUGAUCGGCGGACCCAAAGACAAAAUGACGAAGAAUUCAAACGACACACGCCAACGUCCAACGAAACGACCGAAACAGCAGCAGAGAAGUAAAUUACCGGAAAUCACCGACGAAGAACAGUUCAAAGGAGCAAUUUCCUACAUUGGAGGCAAAUACAUGGACGUGUCCGCAACUCCACCCGCGGAAGCACUCGUCAGGGGCAAACUUCCAGCACACGGCAUUUUGGUGGACCGACAGGACGGCGAAGGAUUCAAAUUUUUCGACGCGGAUCAAUACGAGUGAAGCAAAACCGUACUCAAAUGCGAAGAAGGUCUUCUGCAACCAGGAAGUUCAAAAAAUAAAAACAAUCCAUCGUCCAGAAAAAAAGGAGACUUUGACCCGGGCUUUGAAUUAACAAUAACCUUGGCAAAAUACCCCCCUUUAUCUGGGUCAUCUGCAUCCAUCCAAGGCCAUUGCACUUUUAUGUAAUUGCAAAAUAAAAAGACAGGUGGUUUCUGCAAAAAAAUGCUCCCUACAACACAU